CUUAUGUUCAGGAUAUUUAGCAAACAUGGCGUCUGGCGAUAUGUUCGAUGACGAAUCUUCGCUGUUGAGUCCUUUGUGUUUUCUUGAAUCACCGGAACCGUAUAUUCCGUUAUUGAACCAAACAGAGAUUGGUCAACAAGUGAUGCAAGAAAAUAAUGGGUUUGCACAUCCAACUGUGACUAAUUCUCCAAUUCAACUUCAAAACCGUUUUCUUCCAGUACCUUUGAUCCCUCAAGGCCGUUCUAAUGCAUUUGGAUCACCUUUUCCUCAUGCUAAUUCAUCAAAUAGGUUGCAAAACUAUAUGCCAUAUCAGACGCCUCAUCAACAUGUCGCUUCUUCUUUUGGCAUGUAUCCUCACCAACCGCCCCCACCAGUUUUUGCCUUUAGGCAAAAUGUACCUCCCAAUUUAAGGAUGGUUAACAAUUUAGCUAUGAUGAGGACACAUCCUUUACAAAAUCAAACAAAUAUGAUCCCUACCUUUAAUGCUGUUCCCCAACGUAACAUUCCAUCCACCAUACCCAGACCUCAAAUGCCUUCGAGAUUUAUUACCAGGCAACAUGGCGGUAUGCAAACAUCGGUGAAUCAGUCUCCAUGGAUGUUUAGGUUACCCAACAUUAACAAUCGUCAGAUGCCUAUAAGUCCAAACGCAAACGCAAUCAUACCUCCACAGGGUGAAAUUUUAGGAUGUCGACGGAGAAGUUACCCAACUCGGUUUGAAAUUGGACAAUCAUCAUCAUCUCCAGCUCAACGCAGGGUUGCUGAUCUAUCCUCAAACCUUGAAUAAGUGAGCAUAUGAUGUUUAAUGGUGCAUGAUGCUCUAUCUUCCUUUCAUGUUUUCUCUCUAUGGUACCUGGAUUUCUCUUGUGGCAACGUUAUGUGUACACCUAGUUUUACAGGUUAUCUUGUACUUUUCUUUUUUUAUUCCUCCAUUGCUUUUUUAACAUUUUUGAGCCUAUGUACUACAUAGAAACUCAUAUUCUUGUUUUCAUUUUUUGCAUUUGAAUCAUCUCUGGAAGUUACAAACUGCACCAUGUGAAAUGUUUGCUAUAAUAAUGAGUUUGUAAGCAGAAAAUAAAUUGAGCUUUGUAAA